GCCAGAGUCUCUGUGCCAGGAGGAGAGGAGAGGGCUACAGAGAGCUGUCGGGUUCUGCACCGGCGACUCUCUGAGGUUCACUAUUUAUAUGAUGACAUUUGGCCUCAUCACCGCCUCCUCAUUUGCCUGGAACCAAAUUCUCUCUGGGUGUGCCUGCUUUAGGAAAGCCCCUGGUGGCAAGGAGCCAAGUGUAGCUCAGCUUUGGGUAGAACUGUCUCUUUUCCAUCUUCUGCGCCCAUCCCCUUAAGACCCAGGAUUUAGAGCUGGAAGCCUCCUUGGAGAGAAUAAUUUAGCUGAAGUCUCUCAUUUUACAGACACGAACGAAGAAUCCCAGAGAGGGAAGUGAUUUUCUAAAUGUCUCACAUCUAGUAAGUAGCAGAAUCGGAAUUCGAACCCAAGGCAAGUUGCCUUCUCUCCAGCCUUGCUUUGCUCCAUUUUCCAGCCCGGUUUGGAGGGGAACUGGGGAGAGGAGAUGGAGGAGGAAUCACCAGACUCCUUGUUCUGAAAUUUCCAGUUUGUACCCCCUCUUGGCCAUUGGCCUGGAAGAAAGUGCGGAAGUAGUGGAAUUCCCCUCGGGGAAUUGUAAACUUUGGACUCAGCAAUGUGGGCGGGAAUGAAGAGUUACCCGGGACUAAGAGAAGGAGAAGGAAGUGUGGUUUCUCUCUCUCUUUCUCUGUCUCUCUCUUCUCUGUCCUCUUCCUCCCUCCCUCCUUUCUUCCCUGCCCACCCCGCCUGCCACCCGUCUGAACUGGUUGCAGUUUGGACGUCCAGCUGUGGGGUGAAAAGGAAAGGGACUUCGUGUGUUCCAUCAUUCUUUCCUGACCCUGCCCUGCGCUACCUCAUCUCCCCAGACUCUCUCACUUCCCAGACUGGUAGGAGCGAUUCAGAAGAGGCGGGGCAACUACAGACAUCCCCUCCUUCCUCCAGGCGGCACAUCCCACAGCCUUGCAUCCCGCACCCCGUGUCCAUCCAGCCUGUAGCUGUUGUAGUCCAACUAGCUGAACUGAGCGCACCUGGACCUGUCUAAUCCAGACCUAAGGAGCGUCCUGGGGCCUUAGUUACCUUAUCCACUGAAGGGAAGGACUGUUGGAUUUGAAGUUAGAAGACUGUGAACUUUUCAAGGACAAAAUGAAUAUGAGGCUGAUCCUCUGGAUAAUGAGACAUGCCAUGUGGACAGUGUGGGUCUUGUGGACCAUAAUUGGUCUCUCAGAAGAAGGUGCUCUUAAGCAGACUUCUAUGUCAUGUGAUCCUGUUGGUGCCUGUGAUGGCCAUUCCAGGUCUUUGGGCACCAUUCCUUCAGGCCUGACAGAGGCUGUGAAACAGUUGGACCUGUCUUUCAACAAGAUCUCACACAUCAGAGAAACAGAUCUUCAGACCUGUGUCAAUCUGGAAGCUCUGUUGUUGCAAUCUAACCAAAUUAGUGUAAUAGAACCAAAUUCCUUUCAGUCCCUGAAAAAUUUGAAACGUCUGGACUUGUCCAAUAAUAUCUUGUCUCACUUGUUAUCCUCCUGGUUUAAUUCCCUCUCUUCCUUGCAGGUUCUACACUUGCAGGGCAAUCUCUACCCUCAACUUGGGCAAAGCCCUCUUUUUUUGCAUCUCCCCAAUUUGAGGGUUCUUAAAGUGGGGAACAAUAACAUCUUAGAGCUUCAGAAACAAGACUUUGAAGGGCUGAGUAUGCUGGAGGACUUUGAGAUUGAGGCAAAUUAUCUGCAGAAAUAUGAGCCAGGAAGUCUGAAGUCUAUUCACAACAUAAGCCACCUGGCUGUCAGCAUCAAGGAGCCAAUUUUACUGCCUGACAUCAUGGUUGACCUUGCAAGGUCUUUGCAGUGUUUGGAACUGAGAAAUACUGAUCUGGCAAAUUUUGAUUUUUCACUGCCUUCUGAUGCUUCCAGCCCACUUAUUGAGAAGAUUAUAUUUAGAAAGGUGCAAUUCACAGAUAAAAGUUUUGCUGAAGUUCUUAAAAUGUAUUCCUUUGCUUCUGAAUUGUUAGAGGUUGUGUUUGAGGACUGUGAACUUAAUGGAAUUGGAAACUGGGAAGAUGUGUCCUUAAGUAAAAUUGAAAAUCAAGGGAAAAUGGAAACAAUCACCAUUCACAGGUUACGGAUUAAAGAUUUUUUCUCAUUUUAUGACCUGAGCUCUGUGUAUUCAUUAUUAGGAGGAAUCAAGAAAAUCACCCUCACAAGUAGCAAGGUUUUCCUUGUCCCUUGUGAACUCUCAAGAAAUUUGAGAUCCUUAGAGUAUUUCGAUCUUAGUGAUGGUUUGAUGAGUGAAAAUAGUCUAGAAAAUUCAGCUUGUGAGGGGGCCUGGCCCAGCCUGCACACCUUAAAUUUCAGUCAAAAUAAAUUCAAAUCCCUGGAAAAAGUCGGGGAACUCUUGCUGACUGUGAAAACCUUGACUCACCUCGACAUUAGCAAGAAUAGCUUUGACUCUAUGCCUGACAGUUGUCAGUGGCCAAAAAAGUUGAAAUAUUUGAACAUCUCUAGCACAAAAACCUAUACAGUAACUCCAUGUAUUCCUCAGUCCCUGGAAAUCUUAGACAUUAGUAAUAACCAGCUCAGUGAUUUUCACCUGCAUCUGCCACAUCUUAAAGAGCUUUAUCUUUCCAGAAAUAAACUAAAGACCCUACCAGAUGCUGCUAAUUUCCCCAACUUGGUGGCAAUGAACAUCAGUGAAAACACAGUGCAUUCUUUCUCUAAGGCACAACUUGAGUCCUUUCAGACAAUGGGAAGUUUGGCAGCUGGAGGCAACAACUUCAUUUGUUCUUGUGAAUUUCUAUCUUUUGUCCACAAUGAACAAGCCCUGCUGGCUAACAUCCUGACCGAUUGGCCAGAAAACUACCUCUGUGAUUCUCCAUUCCAAGUGAGGGGCAAACGAGUUCAGGAGAUUCAUCUUUCCUUCUCUGAAUGCUACCGAGGGCCACUGGUGGCUGCAAUCUGCUCUUUCCUUUUCCUGCUUGCCUUGCUGACUGGAGUUCUAUGCUACCGAUUUCAUGGCAUCUGGUACAUGAAAAUGAUGUGGGCCUGGCUCCAGGCCAAGAGAAAGCCCAGAAAAAACAUAGACCGGGAGAUCUGCUAUGAUGCUUUUGUUUCCUACAGUGAAGGGGACUCUAAUUGGGUUGAGAACUUCAUGGUCCAGGAACUGGAGAACUUUGACCCCCCUUUCCGACUGUGUCUCCACAAGCGGGACUUUGUGCCUGGCAAGUGGAUCAUUGACAACAUCAUCGACUCCAUCGACAAGAGUCACAAAACACUCUUUGUGCUUUCAGAAAGCUUCGUCAAGAGUGAGUGGUGUAAGUAUGAGCUGGAUUUCUCCCACUUUCGCCUCUUUGAUGAAAACAAUGAUGCAGCUAUUCUCAUCCUCUUGGAGCCCAUUGAGAAGAAAGCCAUUCCCCAGAGGUUCUGCAAGCUUCGGAAGAUCAUGAACACCAAGACCUACCUGGAGUGGCCCAGGGAUGAAGCUCAGCAGGAAUUGUUUUGGGUCAGUUUGAGAGCUGCUAUAAAGUCAUAGGUAAAUGGAGCUCAAAACUUAGCUCUAUCAUGACCCUGGGCAAGUCACUUGACCCCAUUGCCUAACCAAAAAAGAAAAACAAAAAAACUUAGCUCCAUCAUCCUAGCUUGUAGGAAAUCAUGGGGCUUGUGUGUGUGUGUGUGUGUGUAUAAAAUUAUGUUAACCUAUAAUAUACAUUAUAUUUAUAUA